AUGAUGUUUUAGAUGAUUUUGAUAAAGAUGGAGUGAAUAAUUUACCCAACACUAAUGAAGAUUAUGUUGGAGAUUUAGAAGAUGAUAGCAUCCAACUCCUUGAACUUCAACCGGGCUUUAGUUUUAACAAGAAUGUCACUAAUGUUUAUGAGACUAUGCCUGAUAAUAAAUUGGAUAUGCAAAAAGAUGAUGAAAUUGACAAUCCUCUUGAUGCUUUUAUGCUUGAUAUUGAUAGCCAAGUUCAAAAAAAAAGUCAAAGCAAAUCUAUACAAGAAAAAAUUCACAGAGAUGAUAUUGAAGAUAAAGAUUUUGUUGAAAGUUAUGUAAAUCAUAUGAAGAAAAAAGGAAUUGAAGUCGAACGUGAAUUCAAUGAGAAAGUGUAUGCUACUGCGAAGGUUACUGAAUACAAUUCUGAUGAUAAUCCAGUAGUAGAACAAAAGUGCAAAGACAUUGAACCAUUCCAAGUCAUUAAUUAUUCUCAAAUUGAACAUCCAGAAAUUGAGAAAUUCUUUUAUAAAGAACAUCCAGAUAUUGCUGAGUUAUCUGAUGAAUGUGUCAAGGAAAUACAUCAGGAACUUUAUAUGCAUGUGUCUGGUGCUGAUGUUGUGAAGCCUGGCAUUUUCUUUACAUACUUUGGCUUUGACGAGAAAAUUCAGAAGCAGGUAGUACCUGUUGCAAUGUCUGGUAGAGACAUUAUUGGUAUUGUAAAAACAGGUUCUGGUAAAACUGUUGCUUUUAUUUGGCCCAUGUUGACACAUAUCAUGGAUCAAGAAGAAUUACAAAAAGACGAAGGACCAAUUGGUUUAAUAUUAGUACUGACAAGAGAAUUGGACAGCCAGAUAUACAUUGAAGCCAAAAAAUUUGCAAAGAGUUAUGAUCUGAG